AUGAAGGUCGAUCUGCCCGUUGAGAUCGUCGAAUUGAUUCUGCGUUUAUCGCUGCAAGAAAGUGGUCUGCCAGAAAAGGACGUCCGUCCUAAAGCACGUUCCCUUUCGCCUUCCGAGACAGUCACAGCUUCACCGUCCUUAUCGUCACAACAGCUAGCGCCUUCCGCCGAGACUGGGCACCCCGUCACCGUCAGCUUGCUGGCAAAGCACUAUCGAAACCUCUUCCAACCGUACCUCUAUCGAUAUGUAACCCUGCCGACCGAUCGGAGCAUCCGAUUUUUCGCACGUACUGUGUCUUCGCGCCUCGAUCUGGCCACACAGGUCAGAUCGCUCGUCAUUCUCGCACCGACAUCGGUACUUCCGCCGCAAGCUGUUGACACGGAACCAGCAUCAUCCAGCUCUGCGACUGUGCAGACGGCGGUGGGUGAAAUCCUGUCGGCUUGUCCGAGUGCGACACAUCUGCUCGUGGACUGUCGCCGUGUCGACAGUCUCCCGUCACGACUCUACCAUUUGCGUCGACCGAAGGAGCUUAGUCUCGUCAACGUCGAGCAAGAGCACGACUUGGACGGCAUCGUCACGCGGCACCGUGAUCUCAUCGCUGCUGCGUUGCAGAACGACCCUCGUCUUCGGUCGGUUUUAGGAGGCAUCUCGACGCGUACAGAUCGAACAAGGCAGCCCACCGAAACGCCGCCUUCAUCAACCAUAGCACCUCCGGCCGAGCGCUCACUAUCACAUCUUCAUCUUGUUCGUUUCGAUGGGCGAUUGUUGAAUCGCCUUGUCACUCUCUCUUCGUUGAGACAUCUCGUUCUCACGCAUCCCCACGUUCCGGAGAGACGAUCAGGUGCACCAGGUCUUUCCAUCCUGCCACGGCCGCACUUGAUGCUUCUACUCGGAUCUGGCAACAUCGCACGCAUCAUCAUUCGCGCCGAGCUGGCGACCUGCAUCCGCAUCAUGGAGGAAAUCGCCCCCAUUGAGGAUCGCAAGCUCAUCUUCCGCCCCAUACGCUCCAAGGCCGACCUGCUCUUCACAGAUGCAUCUCAGCAAUCCACCAAGGUUGCGCAAUUGGGAACACGAGCGGCAGCUCUUUACGACUCCAUUUCGGCAAAUGAGCUGGAUCUCUUGGCAGAGUUCUACAACAGGGUGCGGCGUGACGCGAGUCGAUCCGAAUCAUCCAGAUCGCAGAACGCAUCCUCGACAGACGCUGACACCAGCCGCGACUCGUCCGGAAGGAGUCACGGUCGCGGGUCGGACAGCUCGGUGGGCUCUGGCGAUGGAUUGAGUCAAAGUGUCUCAGCUGGUAGGGUCAGCGGCGACGAGGGAGAGACAUGUCCGCCAUUGCGACAGCAGAGACAAGAUGUGGGACCCCUGUCUGACGACUACGACUCUGACGACGAAGAGCCGUUCGAUCGCAGCCCCGAGUCGCAUGUCCCUCCACCAAUACGCACGGUCACCAACGCGCCGCCGCUCAACAUCCCCAUUGAAGAGCUCUUGCGAUCAGAACGCUUUCACCCUGCGGGGCUCCGAACCACCUCCCCUCCUUCGAGCAACGCUUCCCCACAACAGCCUCAGCGUCGUCCGCCCAUGCCUCUGCGUCAAACACCUUUCAGCUUGCGAGGGACCGAUUUGCGCGGUGCUACCGCCGACAACAUCGACCUGUGCACCGAAUUGUUUGAUGCUUUGAUGUCCGAGGCUGGUGGAGGACGUGGAGAGACGAGCGCACGAGGCGAGAUGUCCUUCUGGUAG